AUGGGCAGGCUUCAUCUGGUUCUCUUGGAGGACGGCGACGUCUACAGCUGCAAGUGCUGCCAUACGCAACUCGCACUCAACGUGGAUGUCUGCUCCAAGGUGUCGGCUACUCUUCGAUCUCCGUUUACCAACCUUGUGCUUAGGAAAUUUGCGCGCAAUUUAAUGUCCACCUCGUGGUUCUUCGUGGCAGAUAAAUUGUUCCUGCUUUCUCUGGUGAUCUCCAGAUCGCCGCUACGUUUUUGCUCGUCUCCUCUCCGUGGAUGACUGUGAUUACGGAAGAAAGCGUGUUAUCUGGCCCCGAUGUUGCCUGAAUUAGGUUUUAUUCAAUUCCGUGGAGCAUCCCCCGUGGUUCUGGGAAAUGAUCAGCCCUUGUUUUUUCCUCGGAUGGCAGGGUGUUAGAGGAGCAUCUAAUUGAAAUGUCGCCGUCUGUCCCAGUAAUAAUUUUUUUGGCGAAAACUGAGGAUGAAGAGGAAAACUCCCAUGAAUAUCUCCUCGGAGGUCUGGCAUGACUCGAAGGUGUCUCUCGGGUAAGUUAGGGUCGAAGAGAGGCUGAUUUCCACCUCGUGCAUUACAGACGCAGCUCUCUGCGUCCUAGAUGAUUCAAACCCACACGACCCGAUAACAUAUCAGUCUGUAGCAAGCGAUCUUGACGAUAAAACAUCCAUAGAAGAUGCAGAGGAUUAACCAAUAAUUCAACCAAUUUUCACUCAUCCUUCUUUUUUUUUCAAUUUUUUCCCUUGUAUCUUGAUUACAUUGAAUCUAUCUCCUGACUCCAGGUGACAGUGUCCACGGUGUAGGAUCAGUUGCCAUGGUUGAUGGUCACUGAUCUGGACCACUGGAGAUAACUGAAAGAAUAAUAUUUCACUCUGUAUGAAAAGAAAACGUGAGCAUUUUUCUUCUUCAUUUUAAUUUAGUUCUAUAACUAUCAAACACCCACAUCGGUGUUGAAAACUAAUUACCAAGUAAACAUGUUGCAUGACGCCAAAAUAAACUGAGGUUCUGUGGAAGUUUUCGGGGAUAACAGACAAGGAUAGCCUUCUAUUUUUGUUUUGAUCUUUAAUGGGAGUACCGGUGGCUAACAGUGUUUACCCAAAAAAUGGGUAGACCUCGAAUUAUGAAGCAAAAAAUGGAUAAUGCAUAAUAAAGGGAGGGGUACGAAGAAUUUAGAGCUCACCAUAGAAAUGGAGUGGAAACACUACCGUUAAUUCACCAAUAUCCACCAAUUGUCAAAGUUUUAAUACAUGGGUGAUCUUACGAAUAUUUCUCGAGUUGAUAUCUGAACUUUUCCCUUGCAUCUGUGAAGGUAUGUUGCAGUGUUUCAUCUCAUUAUUUAUUUUGAACGCCGUCUUAUAUAUCAACAAGACUUCUAGAGCAUUUUUUUCGCUCGCUGUCCACUUACACACAAUCAUUGUAAAAAUGUUAUUCUGGCCGAUUGAUAUGUGAACGAAUGAAAGAUCUUGUCCACGUGUGUUGUUUGAGGAAAAACUUCCAAUCUACAAUAUCAAUGUGGGUCGAAUAAGUCAUGAAGCUAAUCCCAUUGCAUAUAUCUAUGUUUUGACAAUUCUGACAGGGUUUUCUUUUGUCAUCUUGCCCAGCAUUUCCAAUGCAGACAUGGAAAGGCUUAUCUCUUCACUAAAGUGUAAGUUCCUCCCAUAACCUUGCCCACUGAGCCUUAAGGAAAAUGCCGCCUAAACCAUGUCAAAUAGAUGCACAUAUGCUCAAUGAUGCUAAUUUGCGUAGUUUGACUGGGCUAUAUUCUUUACUCCUCUCAUUCUGUUUAAUCGGUGGAAACCAACGUUCAAUAUACAGUAUGAGAUUAUAGAUACUGUUGCACUAGAGUUACGGUUUGAAAAUUUUUAGGAAGGCAUUAUUUUGUGAGGGUUUUGGGUCGUAUAUUAGGGCGGGUCCAAGAUUGCCAGGAUUUAAUUUAAUCUUUAAACUUUACUUAUCCCUGUAUGGUUCCUAAUUGGCCAACAUUAAUUACGUGUUUCUGGGAACUAAAUGCCCGGUUUCCUUUCAUCACUUGCACGAACCAUUCAGUCUCCGAAUUCUCGUUCUCAGCUCUUACUUCAGCUCAUAUUUGCUAUCUUUCUUGAAUCUUACCCGACUAACAGAACUUCAAGUUUCAGAGAAGGGUUUUGGUAGAAGCAUGUUUUAUUGAGGCCACUUACGUUACUUCCAUGAAAAAAAACUCUUCAAGUGUGUGUUUUCUGACUAUUAUGGUCGCCCUGUGUUGGGCUCGGCGACUCUUCUCCGGCAUGAAAAUGGAAUGUCUGGUGUGAGAUUUAACUCUUACGGAUGCAGAUACGAGUGCAUAAUGAUCAAAAUUUUGCGUCAACUUAUCAAUUUUUCAUCAAAUUGGUCUCCUCUCCCUUCAAUCUCCUUUGUUGGCGAGUGGUCCUUUGACUUGACCUGCUGACCUUGGAUCUCCCUCUUGAAUCAUCUUUGUUCUCGGAGGGAAUAAUCGUGCUCUCCAUACUAUCUAGCAACUCAUUUAAACGAGCGAAUCGGAGAAGAAAAUGAAGAAAUUUUGUCAUGAGGAACCGUAUUUCUGUUCAUGUUCGUUUGCCUUGUGCUGCCAGUGUGAAUGUGUUCGUCGGAAAGAAGGAGAAGCGGCUGAUGACGACGGGGAUGCACACCGUUGCCGACAUAUUCUGCGUGUGCUGUGGCUCCAUUCUUGGGUGGAAAUAUGUGCCGUCCCCACCCUAUAAUACUACUGCCUUUGUUGACCUUGCUUCCGCCGCCGCUGCUUCUGAUUCCUCCCCCCCUCUCUCUCUCUCUUCUUUUCAGGAGGCCGCUCAUGCCAAGAAAGAAAAGUACAAGGAGGGGAUGUUCAUCCUCGAGAGGUACGUAGCUGCAAGCUUCUCGCUCUCUCACUCUCUCUCUAGAAAACCGACCCAAAUGGAGACAUUGCAGGUUCCAUGUUCUUGGGCCAGACGGAUCUAAUGACUGUGAGAGAGAAGAGACGCCGGAUGAUGAGGACGAUGAAGAUGAUGCGGAUGCAACCGAAGCAGGUGAUUCGCUUAGUUUGCUGUAA